AAAAAAAUACUUAUUGAGAUAAAAUGAAUAUUUAAAUAAGUGAAUAUAAAUAGUAAUUUAAUUAAAUUAUUUAAAGCAAAAAUAUAAUUAUGGAGUUUGUAUAUAAAGGAAUAAUUUUAUUGAUCAGUCUCUUUCCAUUUAUUAUAGGGAGCGAACUAGAUUACGAUGGCUGGUUACAUAUACGUUUGUACCAUGCUUUAAAUGAUAAUUCGAUACCUCAUUUUACGGAAAGAGGAAACAUAACAGUUUCUAGUAUAAAAAAUGGAGUUUCAAGUAUAGCCCAAGCUGGUUUAGAUCCAUCACAACUGACAGCUAUAAAAACUUUAGCAAAUAAUGAUCAAAGAUAUCGACUAAAAGCAGUAAUACGUACAUAUUCUGGAUUUGAAUCAACAUAUUUAACAUCUGCGCCAGCAUGUCAUUUACUUGGGACUGAAUUUGAAGACAUUUUAACAGUUUGGCUAGAUAUAGGAGGGGAACCAAUAUCAGUAACUCAAGUCUCUCCUGGUCCAUGUAUGACUAAUUUACCAACGACAAAAAUGUGGACAACUAGCGUGCAAAUACGAACUCCUGAUGCAGGUCCUACUCCUGAUACCGCUUCAUAUAUUUACAAGCUUGAGAAAGAAAAGGAGGCAAGAGAAAGAGGCGAAACCAAAGACAAUCGAUCAUUCCUAGCUAAAUAUUGGAUGUAUAUUGUUCCUGCACUAAUUUUCGUGGUUCUUACAUCGGCAGCUAAUCCUGAUGCCGCAGCUGGAGGUGGCGGUGGUGGCGGUCAAAGACAAUAAUUUUAAUUCAAUAGCUAAUUUGUUAAAAAAAUAAUUUCUUUCAAUAGUAUUUAUUUCU